AUGACUGGCUGCCGAAUCCGCUCCCUGACAUGGUUCGGGCAACUAUGGGAGUACGAGACCCCCAAAGUGAUUGUGGUCAAGAAUUGUCAUCUUGGAACCAUAUACAGACUACUGCAGCUUUUGAUCAUUGUGUACUUUGCUUGGUAUGUGUUUGUGAUACAAAAAGGAUAUCAGGCUCGAGAGACUGGUCCAGAGAGCGCAGUCAUCACUAAAGUCAAAGGGGUCUCUAUGUCCAAAGCUCCCAGAGGAACUAAGAAAAUCUGGGAUGUUGCUGAGUACGUGAAGCCUCCAGAGGGUGGUAGCAUUUUUACGAUCAUAACCAGGACUGAAAGCACCAAACUCCAGACCCUGGGAACCUGUCCCGAGAGUAAGAGUGUAAUUGACGCUCUCUGUGUUACAACUGAAGACUGUAAACAUGGAGAGAUGCAUGUUCUUGGUCAUGGUGUGCAAACUGGGCGCUGUGUCAGUGCUACUCAUGGAUCACUUAAAACUUGUGAGAUCCAUGCAUGGUGUCCGCUGGAAGAUGAGACCGUCACCAGUGAGUCAUUGCAUGACUUUGUCCCGAGCUUCACCAUCCUCAUCAAGAACAACAUCCACUUCCCUCAGUUUGGAUUCUCCAAGAGUAACAUCGAGGGAGACAAUGCCUUGAAGAACUGUACUUACCACCCUGUCCGCUCUCCCUCAUGCCCAAUUUUCACCAUGGACUUUAUUGUAAAAGAAGCUGGUGUUAACUUCACAAAAAUUGCCUAUAAGGGAGGAAUCAUUGGUGUGAUCAUUAACUGGAACUGUAAUUUGGAUUUACAUCCCUCAAAGUGUCGUCCACAUUAUUCAUUCCGACGCCUUGACCUGCAGAACAAUAUUUCCACUGGUUAUAACUACAGGUUUGCCAAGUAUUACAAUAAGAAUGGUAGAGAGGCCCGCACGCUCAUAAAAGUUUAUGGGAUCCGUAUUGAUGUCAUUGUGCAUGGACAGGCUGGAAAGUUUAGUCUUAUCCCAACCAUCAUUAACUUGGCCACAGCCUUGACUUCAAUUGGUGUUGGUUCUGUUUUCUGUGACUGGAUACUACUGACCUUCAUGAACAAAAACCACAUAUACAGUAUGAGAAAAUUUGAUAAGGUUUGGAAAUUGGAGGAGACAAAUACUGCAACAGUUACUACGGUUUGCUCACCCGCUACCUCCGAAUCCCUCUGCACCAAUCAUGAUCCUCCAUACAAAGACAGUAGUCCUUCGUCUGACAAUGUCACACAUAAGGAGGGGCAGCAAGACCAUACAUGGAGUGAAGGAAUAGAGCCUCCGCCAGGAAGCUGA